AUGCAGGCCAAACUCAAGUCUUACCGCCUCUUCGGAACGUAUAUGAACAACACUGUUACGUAUGAAGAUGCCAGUACUGCCUGGUUAGUAUCGGAUGGCGUCUUAUCAUGGGUAGCGACAUCCGUCUACGAGCGCUUCGCAGGCGGCGGUCAUAUGAGCGGCGUCAAGUUGAUCAGAGGGUAUUCAGACCAAAGCAAAGGCAAAGAAAAGGACAAGGCCGACAAUAAGAGAGAUAGCGAAGACAAAAAGCAGGCUACAGAUACGUCCUUCACUGAAGACGUGGCCGUGGGCGACAAAAUAUCUGGUGUGACGGAAGCGGCUCGCACCGGCAAGACCAUACUGCAAAGAAGGCUCUCAACAAUUAUAGAGAGUGAAGAUCGCCGCACAGCAGCAAGCGAAAAGGAUGUGCAGAAGCUGAACGAAGAAGAGAUGCGUCAUGAUUACCUUACUCAGACCGGGGAGUCGCAAAAUCGAGAUAUCGAGCACCUAGUGCUGGCCACGCAUGGAAUUGGGCAGCGACUGGGCCUCAGAACGCAAAGUGUAAACUUUAUCCACGAUGUCAACGUUUUGCGCAAGACUCUGAAGGGGGUAUACACAGAUUCCCCGGAGCUUCGAUCCAUGAACCUUGACGAGGGCGGCGGCCCAGGAAAUUGCCGUAUGCAAGUGUUGCCAGUCUGCUGGCGUCACAAGGUUGAAUUUCCAAGAGGAAGGAAGAGGAAAGCGCAACCCGACGAAACGGAUGUUGCUGAGGCUUAUGAAGAAGAAAAAAACUACCCAACAUUAGAGGAUAUCACAAUAGAUGGCGUAGCGUUUGCCCGAACUCUAAUAUCCGACCUUGCUCUGGACGUUCUUCUCUACCAGAGCUCCUACAGGGCUGAGAUUGCGCAAACAGUCAUCGAGGAAUCGAAUCGCAUUGUUGACUUGUUCCGGAGGCGAAACCCAGAAUUUAAAGGAAAAAUUCACCUGGUUGGCCACUCCCUUGGCUCCGCCAUUCUGUUUGAUAUCCUUUGUCAUGAGAAUAGGCAACGUCGUUACGAUUCGAAGCCAAACCCCUUGCGCUUCCUACCCCACCGUGGCCCAGCGCGAUUUGAGACCAACGAUACUUUGGAUUUUGACGUGGAAGAUUUCUAUUGUCUAGGGUCGCCGAUUGGCCUGUUCCAAAUGCUUACUGGCAGGACCAUCGCCGCGCGUCAGCCGGAGUGGAACUCCUCCAGAGUCGGCUUGGCUAGAGCCAUAGACUCAGAAAGCCCGGAUGGUGGCUUUGCAGCUGACUUAGAUUCUGAAAAUUCGACUUCGCGACCGGAUGCGCAGCAGCUGUUCAAUAUCUUCUAUCCUUCUGACCCCAUAAGCUACCGCCUAGAGCCGCUAAUUGCACCAUCCAUGGCGGCUAUCAAACCGCACAACCUUCCAUACACCAAAAAAGGUCUUUUUGGAGUGGUAGGGUCACAGGGACUCACCGGAAUUGGCACGAAAGUUGGCCAAAGCGUUAGCGGUCUCUUUGCGAGCUUAAGCACUGGGAUUUCUACCAAUUUGCUGCCGGCUUCGCUCCGACUCACAAGUGAAGAGGCUCAGAAAAUGAUGAAAGAAAGCAACCCUUUAGGAACCUCUGCCGAUUCGCUGCCAAAGGGACGAAAUGACAAAGGGCAGGCUACGAUAAACGAGAGCGACGAUGUAGAUGAUGACGAAGAGGCAUUGUUGGCAAAGCAGAGCAGCCAAGUUGCCUCACUAUAUUCAAGAUUUGCGGUGAGCGGUGAGCGCGGGGAAGAAGUCCUAGUUGGCCCUGAUACAGGCUGCGAAGAUCGCAAGACACAGAAACAGCGGAUGGCCCAGAGGAAAGUCUGGGCGCUCAAUCGCAAUGGACGCGUUGACUUUAGCAUUCAAGAGGGAGCUUUGGAUUUCAACCCCAUUAGUACCAUUGCUUCGCACAUUGGGUAUUGGGGCGAGGAAGAUCGCCCGUCCGAUAUCCGGCAAAUAAUGGAGGAUGCAGGCAUGCCGGUAGGCGAUGCACCAGACGACGAUGGAAAUGACGCACCAAGGCAAUCUUACAACUUCGCCCCCGGGUACUACGGAGCCGUGUACCGGGCCGAUACGCCUGACCACGGGGCGGGACCAGCUCCGCCCGGAGCGGCUGAUGGCAUCCAGCACCAGGAUGACGGGAAAUUCAGCUACAAGAUACAGUCUAUGAAAUGGGGACUGAUUCCCUUCUGGUCUAAGCGUAACCCCGAUUACGCUUCCAUGCUGAAGACUAUCAAUUGCCGGUCUGAUUCGCUUAGCAACCCCGGCGGCAUGUGGGCAACGAUGAAGGCGCGGAAGCGAUGUGUUGUCAUUGCGCAAGGAUUCUACGAAUGGCUCAAGACCGGGCCUAAGGACAAACUGCCUCACUAUGUCAAAAGAACAGACGGGCAGCUCCUGUGCUUUGCCGGCCUGUGGGAUUGCGUGCAAUACGACGGUGCGUGCGUGGCUGGGCAGCGUGAAUGUGAUGAAACUGCCGCACUAACGAAACCAGAUACGCAUGAAAAACAAUACACAUUCACGAUCAUCACCACGGAUUCAAACAAGCAGCUGAAAUUUCUCCACGACCGCAUGCCUGUCAUUCUCGAGCCCGGAUCCGAUGCGAUGCGGCAAUGGCUGGACCCCAGCACAUACGAGUGGUCUAGGGACCUACAGUCAUUGUUGCAGCCUUUUGAGGGCGAGGUGGAGGCGUACCCAGUGAGCAAAGACGUCGGCAAGGUAGGGAACAACUCGCCGACAUUCAUCCAACCACUUUACAGUAGGGAGAACAAGUCGAACAUUGCCAAUUUUUUCUCUAGCACUAAAACUGAUGAGAAGGCCGGAGCAAUGGCCCUGAAUCCUAAUGAUGCAAAGGCCAGUGCUGACCAGGCGGUUGGAGAGAAGCGAAAACUGUUAGCUGAGGCGGAGUCAGAAACGCAGCAGAAAAAGCAAGCUACGCUAAGAACGAUCAGCGCGACGAACAACGCCAGCAAAAAGAACAAAAACAUGGCUGCAUCAUCGAAAGGGACGCAAAAAAUCACCAAUUUCUUUAUUCGAUAA